AUGCGGUCGGGCCGGCGCAGGCCGCCCGGCGGAGGUGAUCGCCGUGGAGGCGGCGGUGACGGCGGCGCUCGUGGAAGCCCAGCCGCCGAGGCGGUGAAGGCUGGUCAUGCUGAUAGACUUGUUGGUGGAGAUGACUUCGUUGUGGAGAAAGGCGAAAACGAAGAUGGUGGUGAUGCUGACAAGGGAAAUAUGGAAAAGUUUGAGAUGAAGGUCGCGGCGGUUCUAGUGGUCGCGAUGCCCUGCCUGGGCCGCCGAGCGCAGCGCGACGUGGAGCAGGUGCUGAGCGCGUGCCGCUUCGUGUUCGCCGUGGGCUUCAUGCCGCUGGUGCUGGCGCUGGGCUUCUCGCGGGGCGCCGAGCCCGGCGCGCCGCCGCUCCGCCUCGUCAACCUGCUCUGGCAGUAGACUCCUCCACACCACACCACACCUUUGUCCCCCGGCGCAGUCUUCAUAAUCAGACACAAGACUUAGCAGCAGCUCGAUGAAGCUGGGAGGCAACAAAACCAUUUGAACUCUGCCUCUGCACACAUGAACCAAUAAUCCACUCAGCUUCAUCAUAAUUAUCUUUUGAACCUUCAGCUGCAACAUUGAAAAUGCCAGGAGAAGAAAUGUUUCAUGUGUGUUUUAGUAAACAACACCAGUAACUACAAAGUAAUUCUCAAGUCAUCCUUCAAUCAGCAGCAACAUUGAGAAUGCUAAGAGACAAAAAUAUUCAGGUCCUGCGUUUUAAACACACAAUAGGCCCUUUAUAUUAAUCAGUAUGCCAUUGCCAACAUAUUGUCAGGUAGCAUUUGCUUUGAGAUUUUAACACAAGAAAUAUUUUGUAUUCUAGAUUUUACAAUCAUUAAAUUAUUUAGAAAUUUGAAAGAUACUUCACAUACAGUUGAAAAGUUGUAAACGUUAUUAAGUCUAUGCCACUUUGAGAGACUCUGAAAAACUUAAUUUUGUAAAGUUGAUUUUAAAAGCAAAAUAUUUGUCAAACAAAUUUUAAUAUUUCAGAGGCAUCCCAUAAACCAGUUGGUAACAUCAUUUUGAUAAUAAAAACUUCUCACAAGUCUGUUGUUUAGAUUGCUGAAGUUUGAUCCAAUGCUAACUCUAAUUUUUAUUUGUUUUUGCCUACAAAUUCUCUAGGAAAUGAAUUAACUCAGACUUACGUUCUUUCUUGCAUUAGAUCAUUUAAACUCAAAUUUUUCCUCCACUAAUUGUGACCUAGAUAUAUUUCUUUUAAUAUAUUCACCAUUAUCUUAUUAGUAACUAUGCAAGUUUAAAUUUGCACAGCCACUCAGUUUUGCAGAUAAUUAAUAAUUAAUAUCAACUAUUUCAGUUAUUUACGCAAAUAUUUUGCAAAUAUUUAUCAAAGUUGAUGUCAUGUUCCAUUAUUAUCUUUUGUAAGAUAGAUACAAUCAUCACUCCUAACGUUCCAAUUUUAAUAGGAACACAUGACUUCAAUUUUAAACAAUUUUUGAUAGAUCCGAAUUUGACAUUGAUAUCCCCUUUCUCAAUAUAGUUUUCUUAAAACCGUAUUUUAUAAUCAUUAAUGCCAAUUUUAAAAGAAGCACAAAAACCAGUUCUCAGUAUUUAUUCAUAUGUGAAACAAUGUUUGAAUGGAUACUUGUUUGCUAAAUGCAUGUGUUGCCUCCAGCUUAAUUACAAUUGAAGUUCUUUCAAUAAAGCUAUUUUCAUGAAUUUA